AUGGAGACCAAACAGCAGCCAAUUCAACAACAACAGCAACCACAGCGUCGGCAACAGCCACUACAACAACAACAGCAGCAACACCAGCAACCAUCACCAUCUGCUGUCACGGCAUCAACAUCAGCCCUUGCUGCUGACCUAGACUCCUCUCCACCAAUGGGCCUUCUUAUGAAUGCAACAACAUCGGCACAAGCUGCCUCCAUUCCAAAAAUAUUCCUAUCAACAGCACUUCAGCCAACCCAGACACCAGUGACAGCAAGAUUGCCAUCCUCCUUGCCGGUGACAAUGGUAUCAUCGUCGUCGACGUCGCCAUUGUCGUCAUCACCAUCGUCGUCGUCGCCGUCACCACCGCCAUUGUCGCCAUCGUCGCCGUGGCCGACGCCGUCGCCAUCGCCGUCGCCGCCACUGUGGACAUCGUCACAACAAGAUGUAUCCAAUCCCAACUCUCCGAACAAUGGGUCAUGGGCCUUGGACAAUGAUGAUCUUAUGGACGAAGAUGCAGAAUCGGACAACAUUGAAUACCACAGCGACCGCGAGGAUGCCUACGAGGCAUCACCCAGCGAAGACAUGUCCAUAGGCGAGGACGGCGGCGGCUAUAGUGGAGACGAUAGACAGGCUCCUAAAGAUCACAAGGGCACCAUAUCACAGCUUGGAGAGCUCCUAUCAAAACAUGAAUUCUAUUAA